ACUGUUUGGAUAUCGUAAAAAAAUUAUUUGAAAGCGAAAUAUAUCCGAGAAGUUUUCAUACCACUACCACUUUCAUAUUCCCGCAUUUCUUAAUGUGUUUGUUGAAUAAAGAAAUAAAUAAAAUAAAAAUUUAAAAAUGGACAGUAAAAAAGUUUCUAAUAUAGCGAAGUGGCAAAAUUCAGAGGGUUUAAGUGAUUUAAUUUACACUCUUGAAGAAUUCCAAAAUUUUUUUCGAACUGUAAUUAAGUCUUCUUCCAACAAAUUCAAUAGUUAUUCUCCUUCGCCGGGAUCUUCAUGUUCUCCAAAAAAUGGAACUACUUCUUCGUCCAAUUCGUUUAACAGUAAUUCCUCUCCUGCGGAAUCUUCAAGUUCUUCAAUUAAAAAUAGAAGUUCUUCUUCGUCCAAUGCAUUCAACAGUAAUACUUCUUCUCCGGAAUCUUCAAAUUCUUCAAUAAAAGAUGAAACUACUUCUUCGUCCAACACGUUCUUCUCUAACAAUAAUUCUUCUCUGGCGGAAUAUUCAUUUUCUUCAAUAAAAAAUGUAACUAAUUCUUCGUCCAAGAAGAGCAACAGUACUUCUUUUUCAGCAGAAUCUUCAGAAAAUGGAACCACUUCUUAUUCAAAUGCAUUCGACAGUGAUUCUUCUCCUCCAAGAUCUUCAUAUUCUUUAAUAAUAAAUGAACUUAAUUCUAAGUCCAAGCCGAGGGAAAGAAAUUAUUCUCCUAAUGUUCAAUCUUCGAAUUUUGCAAUAAGAAACGGAACUACUUCUUCAUCCAAUACGUUCAACAGUAAUUCUGUUCCUCGGGAAUCUUCAAAUUCUUCAAUAAGAAAUGGAACUAAUUCUUCGUCCAAUACAAUCCUUCGCAAUUGUUAUCCUCCGCAAAGUUCAAUUUCAUUAGUAAAAUUUGGAGCCGGAUAUUCCACUUAUUCGUGCAACUGUAAUUCUUCUACUCCAAGAUCUUCAUAUUGUUUAAUAAAAAAUGGAAUUACUUCUUUGCCCAAGACGAACAACAGUAAUUCUUCUUCUCCGGAAUCUGGAAAUUCUUCAAUAAAAAAUGAAACUACUUCUUCUUCCAACACGUUCAACAGUAAUUCUUCUUCUCCGGAAUCUUCAAAUUCUUCAAUAAAAAAUGGAACUACUUCUUCGACCAACACGUUCAACAGUAAUUCUUCUUCUCCGGAAUCUUCAAAUUCUUCAAUAAAAAAUGAAACUACUUCUUUGACCAACACGUUCAACAGUAAUUCUGCUCUUCAGGAAUCUUCAAAUUCUUCAAUAAAAAAUGGAACUACUUCUUCGUACAAGACGUUCAACAGUAAUUCUUCUCCUCCGGAAUUUUCAAAUUCUUCAAUAAAAAGUAGAAGUUCUUCUUCGUCCAAUGCAUGCAACAGUAAUUCUUCUCCUCCGGAAUUUUCAAAUUCUUCAAUAAAAAGCAGAAGUUCUUCUUCGUCCAAUGCAUUCAACAGUAAUUCUUCUUCUCCGGAAUCUUCAAAUUCUUCAAUAAGAAAUGGAACUAAUUCUUCGUCCAAUACAAUCCUUCGCAAUUGUUAUCCUCCGCAAAGUUCAAUUUCAUUAGUAAAAUUUGGAGCCGGAUAUUCCACUUAUUCGUGCAACUGUAAUUCUUCUACUCCAAGAUCUACAUAUUGUUUAAUAAAAAAUGGAAUUACUUCUUUGCCCACGACGAACAACAGUAAUUCUUCUUCUCCGGAAUCUGGAAAUUCUUCAAUAAAAAAUGAAACUACUUCUUCUUCCAACACGUUCAACAGUAAUUCUUCUUCUCCGGAAUCUUCAAAUUCUUCAAUAAAAAAUGGAACUACUUCUUCGACCAACACGUUCAACAGUAAUUCUGCUCUUCAGGAAUCUUCAAAUUCUUCAAUAAAAAAUGGAACUACUUCUUCGUACAAGACGUUCAACAGUAAUUCUUCUUCUCCGGAGUCUUCAAAUUCUUCAAUAAGAAAUGGAACUACUUCUUCGUACAAGACGUUCAACAGUAAUUCUUCUCCUCCGGAAUUUUCAAAUUCUUCAAUAAAAAGCAGAAGUUCUUCUUCGUCCAAUGCAUUCAACAGUAAUUCUUCUUCUCCGGAAUCUUCAAAUUCUUCAAUAAAAAAUGAAACUACUUCUUCGUCCAACACGUUCAACAGUAAUUCUUCUCCGGCGGAAUAUUCAUUUUCUUCAAUAAAAAAUGUAACUAAUUCUUCGUCCAAGAAGAGCAACUUUACUUCUUCUUCAGCGGAAUCUUCAGAAAAUGGAACCACUUCUUAUUCAAAUGCAUUCGACAGUGAUUCUUCUCCUCCAAGAUCUUCAUAUUCUUUAAUAAUAAAUGGACUUAAUUCUAAUCCCAAGCCGAAGAAAAGAAAUUAUUCCCCUCCUGUUCAAACUUCGAAUUUUGCAACAAAAAAUGGAAGUACUUCUUCAUCCAAUACGUUCAACAGUAAUUCUGUUCCUCGGGAAUCUUCAAAUUCUUCAAUAAGAAAUGGAACUAAUUCUUCGUCCAAUACAAUCCUUCGCAAUUGUUAUCCUCCGCAGAGUUCAAUUUCAUUAGUAAAAUUUGGAGCCGGAUAUUCCACUUAUUCGUGCAACUGUAAUUCUUCUACUCCAAGAUCUUCAUAUUGUUUAAUAAAAAAUGGAAUUACUUCUUUGCCCAAGACGAACAACAGUAAUUCUUCUUCUCCGGAAUCUGGAAAUUCUUCAAUAAAAAAUGAAACUACUUCUUCUUCCAACACGUUCAACAGUAAUUCUUCUUCUCCGGAAUCUUCAAAUUCUUCAAUAAAAAAUGGAACUACUUCUUCGACCAACACGUUCAACAGUAAUUCUGCUCUUCAGGAAUCUUCAAAUUCUUCAAUAAAAAAUGGAACUACUUCUUCGUACAAGACGUUCAACAGUAAUUCUUCUUCUCCGGAAUCUUCAAAUUCUUCAAUAAAAAAUGAAACUACUUCUUUGACCAACACGUUCAACAGUAAUUCUGCUCUUCAGGAAUCUUCAAAUUCUUCAAUAAAAAAUGGAACUACUUCUUCGUACAAGACGUUCAACAGUAAUUCUUCUCCUCCGGAAUUUUCAAAUUCUUCAAUAAAAAGUAGAAGUUCUUCUUCGUCCAAUGCAUGCAACAGUAAUUCUUCUCCUCCGGAAUUUUCAAAUUCUUCAAUAAAAAGCAGAAGUUCUUCUUCGUCCAAUGCAUUCAACAGUAAUUCUUCUUCUCCGGAAUCUUCAAAUUCUUCAAUAAGAAAUGGAACUAAUUCUUCGUCCAAUACAAUCCUUCGCAAUUGUUAUCCUCCGCAAAGUUCUAUUUCAUUAGUAAAAUUUGGAGCCGGAUAUUCCACUUAUUCGUGCAACUGUAAUUCUUCUACUCCAAGAUCUUCAUAUUGUUUAAUAAAAAAUGGAAUUACUUCUUUGCCCGCGACGAACAACAGUAAUUCUUCUUCUCCGGAAUCUGGAAAUUCUUCAAUAAAAAAUGAAACUACUUCUUCUUCCAACACGUUCAACAGUAAUUCUUCUUCUCCGGAAUCUUCAAAUUCUUCAAUAAAAAAUGGAACUACUUCUUCGACCAACACGUUCAACAGUAAUUCUGCUCUUCAGGAAUCUUCAAAUUCUUCAAUAAAAAGUACAAGUUCUUCUUCGUCCAAUGCAUGCAACAGUAAUUCUUCUCCUCCGGAAUUUUCAAAUUCUUCAAUAAAAAGCAGAAGUUCUUCUUCGUCCAAUGCAUUCAACAGUAAUUCUUCUUCUCCGGAAUCUUCAAAUUCUUCAAUAAAAAAUGAAACUACUUCUUCGUCCAACACGUUCAACAGUAAUUCUUCUCCGGCGGAAUAUUCAUUUUCUUCAAUAAAAAAUGUAACUAAUUCUUCGUCCAAGAAGAGCAACUUUACUUCUUCUUCAGCGGAAUCUUCAGAAAAUGGAACCACUUCUUAUUCAAAUGCAUUCGACAGUGAUUCUUCUCCUCCAAGAUCUUCAUAUUCUUUAAUAAUAAAUGGACUUAAUUCUAAUCCCAAGCCGAAGAAAAGAAAUUAUUCCCCUCCUGUUCAAACUUCGAAUUUUGCAACAAAAAAUGGAAGUACUUCUUCAUCCAAUACGUUCAACAGUAAUUCUGUUCCUCGGGAAUCUUCAAAUUCUUCAAUAAGAAAUGGAACUAAUUCUUCGUCCAAUACAAUCCUUCGCAAUUGUUAUCCUCCGCAGAGUUCAAUUUCAUUAGUAAAAUUUGGAGCCGGAUAUUCCACUUAUUCGUGCAACUGUAAUUCUUCUACUCCAAGAUCUUCAUAUUGUUUAAUAAAAAAUGGAAUUACUUCUUUGCCCGCGACGAACAACAGUAAUUCUUCUUCUCCGGAAUCUGGAAAUUCUUCAAUAAAAAAUGGAACUACUUCUUCGUACAAGACGUUCAACAGUAAUUCUUCUUCUCCGGAAUCUUUAAAUUCUUCAAUAAGAAAUGGAACUACUUCUUCGUACAAGACGUUCAACAGUAAUUCUUCUCCUCCGGAAUUUUCAAAUUCUUUAAUAAAAAGUAGAAGUUCUUCUUCGUUCAAUGCAUGCAACAGUAAUUCUUCUCCUCCGGAAUUUUCAAAUUCUUCAAUAAAAAGCAGAAGUUCUUCUUCGUCCAAUGCAUUCAACAGUAAUUCUUCUUCUCCGGAAUCUUCAAAUUCUUCAAUAAAAAAUGAAACUACUUCUUCGUCCAACACGUUCAACAGUAAUUCUUCUCCGGCGGAAUAUUCAUUUUCUUCAAUAAAAAAUGUAACUAAUUCUUCGUCCAAGAAGAGCAACUUUACUUCUUCUUCAGCGGAAUCUUCAGAAAAUGGAACCACUUCUUAUUCAAAUGCAUUCGACAGUGAUUCUUCUCCUCCAAGAUCUUCAUAUUCUUUAAUAAUAAAUGGACUUAAUUCUAAUCCCAAGCCGAAGAAAAGAAAUUAUUCCCCUCCUGUUCAAACUUCGAAUUUUGCAACAAAAAAUGGAAGUACUUCUUCAUCCAAUACGUUCAACAGUAAUUCUGUUCCUCGGGAAUCUUCAAAUUCUUCAAUAAGAAAUGGAACUAAUUCUUCGUCCAAUACAAUCCUUCGCAAUUGUUAUCCUCCGCAGAGUUCAAUUUCAUUAGUAAAAUUUGGAACCGGAUAUUCCACUUAUUCGUGCAACUGUAAUUCUUCUACUCCAAGAUCUUCAUAUUGUUUAAUAAAAAAUGGAAUUACUUCUUUGCCCACAACGAACAACAGUAAUUCUUCUUCUCCGAAAUUUUCAUAUUCUUCAAUAAAAAGUGGAACUAAAAACAUUCUUAUAAAAUGUGAACCGAAUACUUCUUCCCCAACAUUUGGUCAACAUUCAUCAAUAAAUUUAUCGCAUCUUUCAUCGAGCUCUGCAUCAUAUCGUAAUAAUAAUGAAGAAAAUUUUGUUGAAUCAAGUGGAAAAAAUAAUAAUUUUUCAAAUCAAAAUAGGAAACAGCUUUCUGAACCUAUGAUCCGUAUAUUAAAAUUAGUUUUCCAAAAUGAUUUUGGUAACGAUGAAAAACUUGCAUACUUACGUUUGAAACAUCUUCAAUCGAAGAUUAGAUUAUUACCAAAAACUGAUGCGAACUAUUCAAAAAUUCUUACUUAUGUUAAAAAUACUCAUGGACCAACACACAAUUUUAAACUUUCAGUUGAACAUAUUUAUAGAGCAUGUAGAAUGGAAGCUUUGAAAGAUUUUAAACCAAACAAAAAGCUCGGAAAUCGAAAACUAUUGUGGCAUGGUACAAGACUAACAAAUUAUCCUUCAAUUUUAUCAAGAGGUUUAUCAAUUAAGCCACCAGGUAAUGUUCAAGUAAAUGGAAAAAUGUUUGGUGAUGGAAUAUAUUUUGCUGAUGUUGUGACUAAAGCUGCACAAUAUUGUAAAGCUGAUGUAUCAAAUCCAUACGGAAUAUUAAUAUUAGCUCAAGUUGCUUUAGGAAAAGAAUAUGUUCGUACUAGAAGUGAACGUGUUAAUGUUGAUACAUUACCAAGUGGUACAAACAGUGUUAAAGGAAUUGGCAAAUAUCAGCAUAUAGAAAAUGAAAAUAUCAAGACCGAAUAUAAUGUUGAAAUUCCAUUAGGGAGACUUGAUCUAAAUAAAAGUACAGAUACAAGAUUGAAUUACAAUGAAUACAUUGUUUAUAAUAACGAUCAAAUUUUUGUGGAAUAUUUAGUUUUAGUUAAAUUUAAUUUUAAAAAUGGUGUAUAGCUUUUCCAAUUUUUCAUUUUAUGAUAAUUCACACAAUAUAUGAACUCGCUCGGACAUGCAAUUUUUAGUUUUGUAACUGUUUGAUUUAUAGUUUGCAUUCAUUCCAUAAGUUUAUAUUCAAGCACGCACAAGAAUUACAACCACAUUUUGUAAUUUUUUACAAACUUAUUGCAAUUUUUAGUUAACCGAAUCGAUUUGAAUUGAAGCAAUAAUUGAGUUGCUUAGAUGUGUGCGGAACGAUUUUACAUUCAGGCUGUAAUUGCAAAACUUAAAAUUGUAUGUCUG